GAGUCCUUCGCUCCCAUGCGCUGCUUGGAGCGGCCACAGGGGGCGCUGCGGGGAGGGGCCGGCAGGGGGCGCUGCGCGCGCCGGAGCCCCCGGAGCCGAGAGCGGCCCGGCGCGAGGGGCGGGCGCGUGCCCAUUUACGGGCGGCGGCGCCGCAGGACGCCUUGCAAGAUGGCGGCGCCCCUGGACAUGGAGCCUUCAGCCCUCAGCCUGGAGCUGCUGCCCACCGACCCGCUGCUGCUCAUCCUCAGCUUCCUCGACUAUCGGGAUCUGAUGAGUUGCUGCUAUUUAAGUCGAAGAUUAAAUCAGCUAUCAAACCAUGAUCCAUUAUGGAAAAGACACUGCAAGAAAUACUGGCUUAUUUCAGAUGAGGAAAAAAGUCGACGAAAUCAGAGCUGGAAAGCCAUCUUCAUCAGUACCUACUCUGACCUAGGAAGAUACAUCCGUUACUACGCUACCUUGAAAAAAGCCUGGGAUGACCUAGAGAAGUACUUGGGACAGCGGUGCCCUCGGAUGAUUGGUUCUUUGAAAGAGAGUGUGCGGGAGGAAGAUCUAGACGCUGUGGAAGCACAAAUAGGUUGCAAACUCCCUGAUGACUAUCGAUGUUCCUUUCGUAUUCAUAAUGGACAGAAGCUAGUUGUUCCUGGUUUGAUGGGAAGCAUAGCACUGUCAAACCACUACCGCUCUGAAGACUUGUUGGAUAUUGACACAGCGGCUGGAGGUUUUCAGCAGAGGCUAGGUCUGAAACAAUGCCUUCCUCUUACUUUUUGCAUUCAUACUGGCCUGAGUCAAUACAUGGCCCUGGAGAGUGUGGAGGGACGAAGUAAAUACGAGAUCUUUUAUCAAUGUCCGGACCAAAUGACUCGCAAUCCAUCUGCUAUUGAUAUGUUCAUUACAGGUACAUCUUACUUGGAAUGGUUUACAUCCUAUGUAAACAAAGUCGUAACUGGUCGUUAUCCCAUCAUCAGAGACCAGAUUUUCAGGUAUGUACAUGAUAAAGAUUGUGUUGCUACCACAGGAGAUAUUACUGUUUCUGUGUCCACAUCUUUUCUACCUGAACUCAGUUCUGUACAUCCACCGCAUUAUUUCUUCACUUACAGAAUCAGAAUUGAAAUGUCCAAAGAUGCUCUUCCCGAGAACGCUUGUCAGCUGGACAGUCGAUACUGGAGAAUAACAAAUGCCAAAGGCGAUGUAGAAGAAGUUCAGGGUCCUGGAGUAGUUGGAGAGUUUCCAAUUAUCAGUCCAGGGAGAGUCUAUGAAUACACCAGCUGUACUACGUUUCCCACAACAUCUGGAUAUAUGGAGGGGUAUUACACCUUCCACUGCCUCUACUACAAUGACAAAUUCUUUAACGUCACAAUUCCCAGAUUCCACAUGGUGUGUCCAACAUUCAAGGUGUCUACAGCACGAAUGGAAACAAAUCAUAAUGAACAUGCACUGGAUGAAGAUGAAGAUUCUACAGACACUGAUGAAUAUGAAGAUCGACGCAGAGUGUUGGACAUUCCUGCACCUUCUGGACGCUGCCCACGUCAUACCUGAUGGGAUUUAUUUUCAAAACAAUAAAAACUGUUUUCAGAAGCUGAACUCUUUGGGGCUAGUGCAUAAAAAUAUUUGACUAUUGUAAAUGAACUUCCUGUUGCACAUCAAGGCAACUAGCAUGAAUGUUGGUGCCAGUUCUAAUAUUCAUCAGAGUAUAACUUCUUUUUUUCUUGGUUUGGAAGUGGGAAUGGUACUCGGGGUGGGGGCAAAGAGAGGGAGGGAGAGGGUCAGAAAGGUGCUUGGGCUUUGUUCACUUUUUUCCAAAGUGCAAAACAGCUUGAUAGUCCAAGGUAAUCAUAUCUUACAUUUUUAAACUAUUGCCUAUUUAUGAUCAUAAUGCAAAUAUGGUGUGGGGACUGGUUUUUAUACAAGCAUUUAAAAUUAGCAAUAGACAAGAUGGCAAAAAAAGGUGUAUACUAUCAUCCUUUCUCCCAAGUUUCUACUCUUGAUAACUCCCACUAAGCAUGAAACUUGCAGUUUGGUCUGUGUAUCCUGUUUGGGUGAGAUCAGGUGCUCUUAUGCUUUUUUUUAUUAACAUAGAAGUACCGGAAAAUUCUGGUCAUCAAAUGCAUAAAUUAGGAAUUAAACUGGCCUUAUUUUUAGACAAUCUGUCUUUCAGCUUAAUUUUAUGCUAAGUGACUCUGACUGGAUAAUGCCUUUUGGAAUGUAGUGUUCAUGCAUCAUCCACCAUUCAGUAACCAAGAAAUUUCCCAAUGACUACAAGUAUGAAUUUGUAAAUACGUUUUGAGUUUUUUUCUUUAUAUGAUGUUUGCUGUUCAGACUUUGUCGUAGGUGACAAAUUUAUGGUGAAGUAUCAUGUUUCCCUAAAUCCUCUAUGGAUUUUGUAACUACACCUGAAUAAAAGAAAGGAAAAGAAAAGAAAAGAAAAGAAAAGAAAAAGGGAGGGAGCCUAGCAGAACACCAGAUGACUAAAAACUUUAUAUUUAAAAAGUAUUUGUUUGCUUUAUCACUUUUAUUUUGUUUCCAUUGUCAUUAAUAAACAACUUAACUGCCUCCUUUGCUUUGAAGUGCUGCAUGGAUCUUCUCAUGCCAAGACUUGAGCAAUAUUUGUGUGACUGGCAUUGCUGUGGUCAGUUGUUUUUAACAUCCAGAAUUAGUCGUUCCUCUGAGGACAAUCAGUCCUCAACAGACUGUUUCCAUUACUGACUAGUUACUGCUCAUACAGAAAGCCUGUUUUUUUAGAUGUUAUGUUCUCCCUGUACUUAUCUUUUCUCGUGUCAUGCAGCAUUUGGAUCUUCCACAGUGGAAGAAGGCAGGAAAACAAAUACCCCGUAUGAUCCCUACAACAGGUGUUCAGGUGAACUGUCUAGAGGAGCAAAAAUAAGUGCGGUGUCCUUACAGAACAGCCCUGUGAAUCACUGGAAUGGUUUGAAAACAGUUCCAUUUUGAGGAUUCUGCAGUACUAACUGUGAGGGGAAAAUGUGGUAUUUGUGGCGUAAUGGUCUUUCUUAACAGGUAUUUCAUCAUCUGUUCAAAGUAUGAGUGAAAAAGGGAUUUGGUAGAACUGGAACUUAUUCCAGUGCUGUGUUUUAAGGACAGAUAACUCACGGUCGGAGGAUCUAAAUGUUCUGGUUAAGUGGUAUCGGGUGAAGGUCACAAGGCUCUACAGAAACAUGUAGAUUUUACUCUUCUCAGGGAGUGGCUCUCCCUUGGGGUGUUGAAGAGGAACUGUAAUUACUGCUCACUGUAGAAGAAGCCAAGAGAGAGGACAAAGCUGUUUUGUCAACUUCUGAGCACUGCCAUGUGAGGGUUUGAGCACCACUGGUGAGCGCAGGACACCUGUGAGCUCUGUGUGGGUGGAGUGAGAAGGUAACUAGGUGGUGGGAAUGACACUUCCCUGUGUAAUUGUAACAGGAAAAAGGUUAUCCUGUUGCUUCAGGCAGCUAUUUUAGCACUGGGCAUUUUGCCUAAGGCUACCAGAUGCAGAUUACUGCGAGCAUUGUAACUCUUCGUUAUGUGCGUUUGAAGUAGGGUUUAUACCACUGGUUCUUCUCACCCCACCCAAAACUCAGAAGCUUAUGCCAGAUCGGUAUGAAAACUGAAGCAGCAGAAACCAUCG